CUUCCCUCCUUUCUUCCUCAUCAAAUAUUUCUAUCCUUCUCCUAUUUCUUGUUCUUUCCUCAGAGUUUCUUCUCUCUGCAUCAACAAUGGCUGAUGUUUCCUCUGCUAAUUUGGUUAACAAUGGGAAUGAGCUUAUUGAGAAGGGUCAUUCUUUAAAUGGGUAUCGAAAAAGCUGUUGGUAUGAAGAAGAAAUUGAAGAGAAUUUAAGAUGGUCCUUCGCUCUUAAUAGUAUACUACAUACUGGAGCUUCUCAGUAUCAAGAUAUCGCGUUACUCGACACAAAGCCAUUCGGGAAGGCGUUGGUUAUCGAUGGAAAACUACAGAGUGCAGAAACUGAUGAAUUCAUUUACCAUGAAUGCCUUGUUCACCCUGCACUUCUCCAUCAUCCCAAUCCAAAGUCCAUUUUUAUCAUGGGAGGAGGUGAAGGCUCCACAGCAAGAGAACUACUUAGACAUAAGACUGUGGAGAAAGUGGUAAUGUGUGACAUCGAUGAGGAAGUUGUUGAUUUCUGCAAGUCAUACCUGAUAGUAAACAAAGAAGCUUUCUGUGAUCCAAGACUUGAACUUAUCAUUAACGAUGCCAGAGCGGAGCUUGAGAAUCGAACUGAGCUAUACGACGUAAUUGUUGGUGAUCUCGCAGACCCAAUCGAGGGUGGUCCUUGUUAUAAACUCUAUACCAAAUCUUUCUAUGAGUAUACUGUGAAGCCUAGAUUGAAGCAAGAUGGCAUAUUUAUCACUCAGGCUGGUCCAGCUGGAAUUUUCAGCCAUACUGAAGUGUUUUCCUGCAUCUACAAUACUCUAAAGCAAGUUUUUAAAUAUGUGGUGCCUUAUUCUGCCCAUAUUCCUUCCUUUGCUGAUACUUGGGGUUGGGUUAUGGCCUCAGACACCCCUUUCAAUCUGAAUGCUGAUGAUUUGGACCAGAGAAUCAAACAAAGAAUCACAGGGGAAAACAAGUACUUUGAUGGAAAAACAUUCUCAUCUGCCUCUACAUUAAGCAAAGCAGUUCGGAAGUCACUGGACAACGAGACGCAAGUGUACACGGAAGAAACAGCGAGGUUCAUAUAUGGAUAUGGAGCUGAAGCCUGCAAGCUCAACCAAGUCUGAUAGCUUUUGAUAAAGAGAGGGGAAAGAGAAGAAGAAAGAAAGGGCCCCUAAAUAAGAGACUAUAGGAAUCCAUCAUGUUAGCCUAGAAAUGAAACAAAAUCUCCUCUAGCCACUUUUUUUUUUGUUCCCUCCCUUUCUUUGUGUAUUGUUUUUUUUCUUUUUUUUUUUUAGUUUUGUUUUCUUAUUGUUUGUGUAGUGACUUUAAAGUUACAAAUAUAGUAGUAAUUAAAAGAGGGGCUUUUAGCUUAUAUAUUUAUUUAUUUUAUUAUUA